AGGUUUCAGAUGCAUUCUUCCACAGAGCUUCAUACCAACACGUUCUUAAAUUAACGAGAUAUUGGAAACACUUGGCUUGCAUUCUUUAGCUAUGAAGUAUCUGUUUGGUUUGUCUGUAGCUGUUUGUCUGAUGUGUCUGAGUGUGGACUCCUUGAACCCUGCUAUAAGUAUGCUGGGGAAAUCAUCAGGGUCCCGGAGUUGGAAUGAAAACCCCUGGGAUUCAACUAUACACAGGAGUCCGGUAGAAACCGACCUUUCAUGGCUCAAGGAUCCUGCAGAUGAAGGUAGGUCUCCCUGUGUUGGACUCUGCUACACGCUUAAACUUUUAAAGAUGGCGGAGAUGCAAAACAAACAAAAGAGGUUUGACGGGUAUCUGUACGAUUUUUACAGGAAGUAAAUAUUCUAGAAGAAAACAAAUCUUUGACAUUUACUAAUCACCUGUAAACCUAUGUUUAAUGUUAUUUUGUGAUUUUCUACCAGUUUUUAUUGGCUUUCUCAUGAUCACAUAUCUAGUCAUUUUAUCUUCAUGCGCAUGAAAUAUACUGUGACAAUAAAUAAAUAUAUUUAAAUGUA